CGCCAUCUCAGUUUGCGUUCUCACGUUCCAAAGCCAGCUAUAAGCGCAACAUCCUGGACCGACUGACUAUACGAUGCCCGGACCUGUAGGGCGCAGAAAGCGCGACAACGCCGAGCGUCCUGAGAACUACUAUGAAGCCGGUGUUCAGGGACGAAAAACUGGUAUCACUUUGCCGCAAGGAGCGCGCGACGAGCACGGUAUCGAAGAUCUCGAUGGCAUAUUCUCAUCUCCGGAGAAGGUCGCCUCCUCUCCGGAGAAACGACAGCAGCGAAAUGGAAACAAAAGCCUAACAUCGGAAGAUAUGGAGAUCGCACACAGCGGGAGCGCGCCUGAUCCAACAGAAGUACUCUCCACGCGCCGGUCGAUGCUUAAAAGUUCAAAGACGACGUUUCCUCCACCCAUGGGCAGAUCACCACAUAAGACAAACAUCGGCUCAUCGCCGCGAAGACAGUCUAGUGUGAAACCGAAACGGGUGGAUGGCAACCUUGAGCCAUUGCUCCCAAGGCCAACUGUCACGCGGCGUUUGGAUUUUAGCGCUGCUGAAGAUGCGAGAACAUUGAAUCAAGCGGCCAGGAGCGAAAACCUAGCGAAGACAGACAUAUAUGCAUUGGAAGCUACUGACGAGGAGGGAGAACGCGACACCACGGAGCCAGAAUUACCAUUACGCAAUGAGGAGUCGAUGGAACUUCUGGAACAAGGCGACUAUGAUCCUUUGCUUGUGCUGGACGAUGCUUCAGAAAUUCACCAGAUCUCAUCCCCGACGAGAAGAAAGAGUACGAAAGUAUCAAUGGAAAGGCAAAGAGAGGCGUCACAGCUCUACUCAGCAGAGGCAGUGGGAGGAGAAGACGUGGAGGAUGCUGUGUCUGCUUCUAGUUCGAAGCAAAAGGGCAAGGCACCAGCACGGGAAUCUCCUCAGGCUGUGAAGUCCACUGCGACGACCAAAAGCUUGCAAAGGCGAGGAGGCAAGGCCCAAUUACUAUCCUCCAAACUACAGACCACCUCGAAACGGAAUAUUUCAGCAGACGAGUCUGUUGUGGAGACUUCUUAUGUGGACUCGCCAACGCAGCAGACUGUAAGCAGGGGCAGAAACAAAAACACAGCACGAGGUCGACAACUUCCCACGCCAGAUGAUACGCAGCCUGCUGCCGAUGAACCCAUUGAGACAACUGAAUUAGAUGAGACAAGAACUGAGCUUCCACCUAUUGAUCGAACAGUGAAGAAGCGUGGGAGACCUGCGAAGAGAAAAAUGGAGGUUCAUGAAGACACUGAGCAAGAUGUCCCUGCUACUACUGAGACUGGGAAGGCUAGUGAAGCUGAACAGCGUGCAGCGAAGCGCGCAAAGCACUCUCGCAAGAAAACUACAAAGACCGGCACUCCAAAAGAACGCGACCCCAACGUUUCUUCCUUUAAGAAACCGGAGAUACCUCCUAAAACUGGGACAGGCUCGCGCUGGGAUGAGUCAAUGUGGGCUUCCUCGCGAAACAUGUCGCGCUUACGCGAUCCGACCCCCAGUGCUGAAGCCUUGGUCGGUCGCACGAGAAGCGGUAGACAGGUCAUCAAACCGUUGAACCAUUUCGCGAAUGAACGCGCGCAAUACGGGCGGGAUGGCACGCUCCUUGCUGUACAGACUGCGGAGACUGUGGAAAGACAGGUAACUUCUAGAUCGAGGAGUCGAGCCUCAAAACGGGCGUCGAGCAAAGCUCCUUCUAGGAGAGCGGCAUCGAGAGCAAGGUCGGGAGUGGACGAGACAAUUAUGGAAGACGACGGGGAAAGUGACAGCGUGGAGAUGGAGGAGUGGGAAGCGAGUGGGGAGAUGAUCCAUGGCGAAGUCAACGACUAUGACCCGCUCCGGGGAACUGCAACGGAUGAGUAUUUCGAGACCGAGCUGGCAUGGGGUCCCAACUCGGUCCCUCUACUCCCUGUUCAUUCUGCGAAAUUCGGCUUCGCAAAGCUACUCUCGAUGCCCUACUUUGGAUCCGGACUUAUGGAUUUUCCUGUGGGAGGUUAUAAGAAGCCGAGGAAUUCGGGAAAGACCAGCUUGCACGCCUUUGUGCAUACAGGAAAAGUUUUUGUGCGCAUCAGCGGAAGGACGGAAUUCAUGGUCAGUAAAGGGGGGAGUUUUCAUGUACCAAGAGGUAAGUUUGAAUCUCUCAGUCCUUUCGUUUCGUUCCGUGUUAGUUUUUCGGAGGUCCUUGGAUGCGCUUUGCCCUCCUACACUUUCAUUUCCCUUCUCCAGCUCUGGUUUUGCGCGCAGCACUUUGGAUCGUCCAUUUUCCCUACGGAUGCACGAUGGCACAUUGUCUUGACCUUACGAAGCUUGAAGAGAGAGCAUCGGCAAUCGGGCAAUCGUUCGAUUGACAGUGUUCACGUGCCUCGCACACCUUUUUUUCUCUUAUGACCAGAGGCAAAAAAAAACUUCUGUUCGUCAGCUGAGGUCGAGAUCCGUAAACUCUGUCUUCUGGGAUCCACUUGUCGCAAUGGCUUGUGCACCGCGAUCCAUUCCGUACCACCUAGCCUCGCGGCACGCAACAUCCAUACGACGACGAGGCUUCCAAAAGGACGGUCGCAGAACGACAGAGAAGCGGUGAAGAAACACGUUCAUCCGCUUCCUCUUUCCCCGAGCCACACGAUUCUGGUACGACCGCUGGCAAUUGAACGGUCGUCCAAGCGCUCCUCCAAGGCUGGAAGAAAGAAUCUGAGGAUCCAAACAGUGUGGGGACAAGGGUUUCCAGCCCUUUAUUUUUUUUGUUCAUUUUUUUUGAAGCGAGAUGUCGAUCCAUUUUGCUCCGAUCAUCCCUGUUUGAACUGUGUCACAACCGCACAGAUAAGGCUGGAGAUUGUUUGCUGGGUAGCCUUGUUUGGAUACAUGCCACGACAUGCCGGCUUCCUCUGCGGGUCAGAAUCUGGACGCACGGCCAUGUGUGUGCCAUGGGGGGAACAUCAACGUUGUGGCGACACACAGGCUCACCAUCGGAGUAUUAUCUGCAGCAGCCGCAAGUGCAGCUUCGUUCCUUUGCCAACCUGGCUUCCGGACGCGCGAAGAAGCUGUCCGUCGCACAGUCAUUGCAUCGGAAUCGCAAUCAUCCUCCCCACCGCGAUGCAACCAGCCCCUUGUUGUGCAACCAGGUGAUGGCGACGACAUCUCAUCUCCGGAACGUUUCUUCACGGGCCAGCCUUCCUUUUUUUUUUUUUAAUUCUUCUUCUUACCGCUUCGAGAGAGAAAAUUUUUUUUUCCCUUUCCUUUCCCUCCCCCCUUCCUGCACGUUCACGGUUUGGACGCCUGCUGACGAGUUCACGCGCAGGGAACCUCUACGAAAUUCAAAAUGUGGCUAACGUACCGGCGAGGCUGUUCUUUGCUCAAGGUAUGGAGAUUGUGGUCAGCGAAUGAGCAGAGGGCAUAUGAGCAGUUUGACUGAAGAGCAUUAUGCGCGUCGCGUCGAUGUGAUUUUACGACUUUCAAAUGGGGGCUGGUUUUGUUCCUCGCUCCUCUUCGGGGGGGGUGGCUCAAUUGUUAAUAGCGUAGAGAUUUGCGAAAAUUGUUUCGCUGAAUGCAUCGUCUUGAGGAUGAUCUUCUCAGCACGUGGU